UUUUUUUCUUCUAUUCAACUUCCUUCCUUUUUAUAACUGUCAGAACUGAGAAGCAAGGGCUGAGAGACAGAGGCACCCCAGAGGGAGACACGAUCAGCUGCAAAUCACAAUGACAGAAAAGGACCCCGAAACACACCUGGAGGAGGAGGAGGAUGAACGGGAUGGCAAGCUUAAUUACAAGCCCCCACCUCAGAAGUCUCUAAAGGAGCUGCAGGAGAUGGACAAAGAUGAUGAAAGUCUUGCCAAGUACAAGAAAACUCUGCUAGGGGAUGGGCCUGUGGUAGCAGAUCCGACUGCUCCCAAUGUAGUAGUCACUCGACUCACCCUAGUCUGUGACACUGCCCCAGGACCAAUCACUAUGGACCUUACUGGGGAUCUUGAAGCUCUCAAGAAAAAGGUCUUUGUGCUAAAGGAAGGAGCUGAAUACAGAGUCAAAAUUAAUUUCAAAGUGAACAAGGAUAUUGUGUCAGGGCUGAAAUAUGUGCAGCAUACCUACAGGACUGGGGCUAAAGUGGACAAAGCUACCUUCAUGGUUGGCAGCUAUGGGCCUAGGCUAGAUGAGUAUGAGUUCCUGACACCUCCAGAGGAAGCCCCCAAGGGUAUGCUGGCCCGAGGCACUUACCACAACAAGUCCUUCUUCACUGAUGAUGACAAGCAUAACCACCUCACCUGGGAGUGGAAUCUGUCCAUUAAAAAGGAGUGGACAGAAUGAGCUCCUUGCUCUACAUUCCCUUCCCAACCCCCUUGCCUGAUGUACUGCCGGUGAAUUAUGUAUUCUAAUACUCCAGAGUUAUGCUCCUCUUCCUGUGUGCCCCCCACCCCAAGAUCUCCAAAACUCUCCAACUAUUCUCAUUUUCACAUGGUACCCUGUAAAAUUUAAUAUAUUGGUACAAUUGGCAUUUGGUACAAUUUUGAGGUUAGCCCAUGGCCUCUUUUCCUGCUAUGCUGAAAAUAAUACACUCAGUUUCACCACAAAAGCAAAAAAAGACUUAAAACCAAAUUCCCUUUGUACUCUCUCCUCCUUUUGGAUCAGUUCCUUGAGAAGCCCUAAUUUGAUCAACAUGAACAUUUCAUUCAGGUACCAUUUAUCCCUCCCAGCAGCUAGUGAACUUAGAAAGAGAGAGAGAGACAGAGAAACAGAGACAGAGAAACAGACACACAGAGAGAGAGAGAGAGAGAGAGAGAGA